AAGCAUCUCUCUUUCCGGCCUCCAUGUCGACGGCGGCGGCUGGCCUCAAUGCCGUCAAAAGAUUUCGUCUGCACGAGAUAAAAGGCCUCCAACAUCACUUAAAGCGAUACGGUCCACUACCUGAAAAGGCGGACGCGAAUCCGAAGGCUCUUCAACUCCCUAACCCGUUUCUACCGCGAUUCAAUCCAACAAGCGGCAGAUGGGCGCCACCCAAGUACUCCUUGCGACGCCAGGCUGAGCUCGUAAAACAGGCCAAGGCCUCCAAGACUCUACAUCUCUUACCUCCAGGUCCCAAAUUACGAGCAGCGGAGAUCCUCGCAGCUCCGGCAAAGAACCCGAAGCUGAAUCUGGAAGAGAAGAAGAAAGCUUUACGGGAGGGUUGGUUAAGUCAGGUCGAAUGGGCUGGAAAGGUCAAUGAGAGGCGGGUCAAGGGCGCAGAGAGUGGUACACGCUUGUACUCGGGAAAGAAGAGAAUGUUCAAGGGACACAAGUGGGAGCGCGUGAAGAGGCGUCGGUUCAACUACAAGAAGAUCUUGCUGAAAGAUAUGGACCAACGCAUCAAGCGGUACAAGAGCUAUCACAAGAACAGGCGGCCAAAUCCUCUGGAUACACCACAGCUCAACAAAAAGGCCAAACUACCUUUCUAGUUUUGUAUGCAUCUACAAUUGCAUUCCUGCAUCUUAAUAUGACGCGUAAAGAAAAGAAUGAGCGAGAAAACGUUCCUCAUCAAUACGUAGGAGUGUCCCUUGACUCGAAGCUC